UCCGUGCUCGGACUGGUGUCCGUGAACGCGCUCUGUUCCAGAGUACGGCGGUGAGUGACAGUCCUGCUCUUCCACCACGGUAGCUGCUAGUCUGCUCCUGUCCACACUACAGCAGCAAGACCCGGAGCCGAGCCGUGCAGGACAGGUCCGUGGAGGGGCCAGACUGACUCACGGAGGCAGACAGCGUGCAGCAGGACGGGCUCUGUCCUCUGUGAGGUGCAGUAAAUGGGAUUAAAGCGCACAGACACUAGCAGCACUAGUAGUAGUAGUAGUAGUGAGGAGUAGGGGGAGCUGCACCGCAUGUGCUCGCUUGGAAAACUUGCACUGGACCGUGUUUAAGAGAGAGAAACAACCGAAAAGAAGAGGAAAACUGUGCAGAGCUGCAGCUUGGAACUGUUUCUGGCUUAACCUCCAGGACUUGCAGUAGAAGCAACCCGAACCGACCCCUGCCUCCCCUCUCACAUGCCAGCGUUGAUGUGGGAGAGAGGGAGGGGAUGUUUGAAUUACCUCUCUAAACUUGCACAGAUAUCACAGAAGACAUAAAGUAAGUCGCGUUUGUUUUAGUUGGGGUGUGAAGGAGACACUGGGUGUCAUGGAGGGUCAAGUGGGUGAGCCGCAGAGCUUGGAGGACGUGCGUAAAAGCGGCUACCUCCGCAAGCAGAAGUCCAUGCACCGGCGGUACUUCGUGCUCCGCGCCGCCUCGGAGCGCGGCCCGGCCCGCCUGGAGUACUACGAGAGCGAGAAGAAAUUCCGCGGCAAGGCCCCCAUCCCGAAGAAAGCCGUGGCUCUGGAGACCUGCUUCAACAUCAACAAGCGGGCCGACUCCAAGAACAAGCACAUGAUCGUGCUGUACACCCGCGCCGAGAGCUUCGCCAUCGCCGCGGAGAACGAGGCGGACCAGGACGAGUGGUUCCAGGCCAUGGUGGAGCUGCAGUGCAAAAGUAAGAAUCCCACUGACUGUGAGGCUGCGGGGGACUAUGGAGUCCCCAAUCCUGGGCCUGCUUUCAAAGAGGUGUGGCAGGUGAAGGUGUGGCCCAAAGGCCUGGGUCAAGCCAAGAAUUUGGUGGGCGUUUACCGCCUUUGCCUGACUGACAAAACUGUCAACUUCGUCAAGCUCAACUCUGAUGCUGCAGCUGUGGUGCUGCAGCUGAUGAACGUCCGGCGCUGUGGCCAUUCAGAAAACUUCUUCUUUGUUGAGGUGGGACGCUCUGCAGUGACAGGCCCGGGCGAGUUCUGGAUGCAGGUUGAUGAUUCAGUGGUGGCCCAGAACAUGCACGAAACCUUGCUAGAAGCCAUGAAAGCUUUAAGUGAGGAGUUCCGCCAGCGCAGCAAAUCUCAGUCCAACUCUGGCCCAGGAGGAGGUGCUACCGCUUCAAACCCCAUCAGUGUUCCUUCACGCCGCCACCACCCAAACCCCCCUCCAAGCCAGGUAGGCUUCACCCGCCGGCCCAGAACAGAACCUCCUGGAGGAGCUAAUGGUGCUGCGGGGGCCAGCAGUGCCAAUGCUUCUCCCACCCCACGGCAUAGUUUUCCGAGGUCUCGUACUGCGAGUGAUGGGGGGAAGGCUGAUGAAGGGUUAGCGGGGACCACGCCGCUCCAAGGUUCCUGUUCAAGCCCUUCCACCAAUGGUUCCUGCUCUACCACCCCAAUCCUCAGGUCAAAAUCAGCACGAUCAGCCUCCACCACAGCUGCUAAAACUCCUCUUGGGUUGAUGCGUUCUAUCUCUACUCCAGCACCCUCCCCAGCCCCAAGCCUUUCCUCCAGUUCUGGACAUGGUUCUGAGUUUGGGGGUGUUACAUCAGCUGCUGGUGCCGGCCCAUCUGGUGCUUACAGUCGUGUUCUCUCCCAUUGCGCAUCUGUCUCGGGCUCACCCAGUGACUAUGGCUCUUCAGAUGAAUAUGGCUCAAGUCCGGGGGAUCACACCCUCCUCCCCUCACCUAGCCUCCCUGGAAGCUCUGUUGGUAGCACAGGCAGCCAGUCCCUUGGUGAAGAGGGAGCUAACUAUAUACUAAUGAGCCAACGUAGUAGUGGUGGUGGUGGUAGCAGUAGUAAUCAAGGGAGCUUGACCUCAAGCUCCCUGCCAGCACCAGGAACACCUUCCUACGGCUCCCAGCCCCAAACCAGGAGAGUGCUGCGUCGAUCCUCCAGCCGUGAAUGUGAAGCUGAACGAAGGCUACUAAGCAAGCGAGCUUCCCUACCGCCUAUGGCUCUGGAGAGGCUGGCUCCACGUCAACGUAGAGCAGAAGAGCCAGCAGAUGAAGAUUCGGCCGAUUACGCCAUCAUGUCAAGGAGCACAAGCCGAGAGUCCUUCACAUCCACUUCCUCAUCCACACAGAGGGAAUCUGUCAUGAGUGCUGGAUCAGCAGGGGGAGGAGGAGGGUACUUGGAUGUGGCGGGUGAGUUUAGAAGUGACGGUGGUGGUGGAGGAGCAAGUGGAAAUAUCAAUUUAGUGGACAAUGGGUACAUGUCCAUGCUUCCUGGUGUCACUCAGCCUCCAGUAUCCCUGUCUCAGUCAGCAGCUGUCUUCGUGCCAGACUCAGACUCCAAACCUGGGGACGAUUACAUGGCCAUGACCCCAAACAACAGUGUUUCCCCUCCUCAGCAGAUCCAGCCUCCGCCAGCUUCUGACGGUUAUAUGAUAAUGUCCCCCAAUAGCAGCUGCUCCCCUGACCAGCGUGGAGGUCUUUCUGGAGGCGCUUGGGUGGGCAGUGGUAGUGCAGAUAGUCGGGCAGGCAGUGACUAUAUGAACAUGUCUCCAAUCAGUGCACGUUCUGUGAACGGUAGCCCCCCACCUCCCGAACAUUCAGGUCAGUUGGAGACCAGUUCUCAACAGCAAGCCCCCAAGAUGGUGUACUCUUACUAUUCCCUACCCCGGUCUUACAAACAUAACCCCACUGCUGGACACUUUGAUGAUGGGCCCGGGCGAGGCAGAAGGCCCAAUGGGAGUUGUAGUAGGGGAAUGGGUGGAGGUAGGAAUAUGGGAGUACGUCAGGAGCAACCAGCAGCAGGCAAUUCUGUAGUUGGACGCCUAUCACUCUCUUCUUCCUCAUAUUCUUCAAGCUCAGCCAGCAGCGAGAGCCUUGGAGAGAGCGAGGAUAGAGCUACCCAGGCUGUGAGCCCCACGUCUGGGGGAGCGCAGUCCAAAGAUGUGAGUAAGCUCCAGCAGAGACGAGGAUCUGCUGGAUUAGCCAAGCAGGGUAGUCAUACUAGAAGCAGACCAGUGAGCCUGUUUGUUGAUGUAUCUAAGGCAAACACCCUUCCUAGGGUCCGUGAGAACCCCUUACCCCCAGAACCCAAGAGUCCUGGGGAGUACGUAAGCAUUGAGUUUAAGGAAGAGAAGUACAACCAGACUGGGUUCGGGGGAGGCCGUGGCAGGGGACUCAGGCAUGGCUUAUCAUUGCCUCAGGGUUCAAGUAGCAAGCAACCUCAACACAGGCCAACUUCCUGCUUAGGGAACUUCCUCCCCCUUUCCCGUAGUCCAUCUGCUCCCAUCACACCUCCAGCAGCUUCUGAGUAUGUCAACAUGGACUUGGGCCCUUCUCCCUCCCCUUCACCCCUCUCCCUUACCCCAAUUGUUUUCCCGUCUUUCCACACCCCUCCAACACCUCCAACACUUGCUCACGCUCCCAAAGCUUGCAAUGAGGUUACUACUGGCCCUUGUGAAGAGGGGGCAGAAGUGGCUGAGGCUCCGCUGAGGAAAAGCAGAGAAAGUGUCCCAUCGGUGACUGAAUCUGAGUCCCCAACCUCCUGUGGAGACUACACAGAGAUGGCCUUCAGCUUGAACAGCAACACCGUCCCCAGGCCAUCAUCCAGUGUGUCACCAAAAGCUCCCUCCCCAACCAGGACUGAUACUACUAUUCCAGUGCUGUCACGGGGUCUAGACUUCCCUCUCGCCAAACCAGGACCCAACCCUGACCAUGGGGCCAAAGUAAUCCGGGCCGACCCCCAAGGUCGCAGACGGCACUGCUCAGAAACCUUCCUUGCAGCCCCUUCCCUCCCCACCUCUACCUCUACUUCCUCUUCUUCUACUGCCUCCCUCUUUCCAGAACAUGCCCAAGCUGUGGCUCGCCGGCUUGGCUUUGAAAGCAUGCUGUGGGGUAAUGGUGCUGUGACUGAUAAUCCCGCUCAGUUUGCCCUUCCUGGACAGGCAACCCCUCCCUCAAACAGUCAGACUUCCUCCACGGAGCAAGGCCUUAACUACAUAGACUUGGACUUGGCCAACAAAGAGAGCCCCCAUUUGGGCCUUGAUGGACCCUCAGGUACCCAAGCCGCCUCUCGCCUCUUCUCUGUACUGGGUGGAGGUUCUGGGGUCGGUGGAGUAAGCCCAGCAGUCAGCAGCAGCAGCAGCUCAAGCCUCAACACUUAUGCCAGCAUUGACUUCUACAAGUCAGAGGAGCUACGGACGCAUCAGAAUGGAAACAAGGAGGGAACAGAGUGCUGAUGACGGUGUGUCGUCCUCGGGGAAACAAUCUGGUACCAAUCGGAGAGCUUCAAAGCUACGCCUGUUCCGUUUGUGACAACCAAUCGCAACCAGCGAGAAAGCGGAUCGGACACGCCCCCCUCGCAGCACUUUGACAGAGACUGAUGGAAUUGUAUUCUCUCUCUUCGCUUUCAUCUUGUUGGUUGUGAAAAAAAUCAACAGGGAUGUGUGCCAAAUGACGUUCUUAACAAGCCAUUUGCUGCUCUCAUUCCUUCAGUGGAAAGCCAAUCGGAGAAGGGUACGAAAAAAUGGAGAACAUCGUUUUUGUCUUGUUUUUUCAAAGAGAAAAACUCAUUAUUAUUGAAACUUUAACUGUGGAUGACUAGUGUGUAAAAAAAAAAGACAACAAAAAGAAUUAUAUAUCAGCUCAAGAAGUGCCUCAUUUCAGAUUGUAGCCAUUUUACAAAGAUCUUCAACUAACUGAAGUUUCGGGGGGGGGGGUGGGGGGGUUGUUGUUUUUGGGGAGGCUUGAUUUGAUGUGACAAAAUCAAUGCAGCGGAUAAAGAGUAAGUGGGUCACACUGGUGUGAGCUUUUGCUGCGUUCAUGUCAUUUACGGGUAGAAGUAAGAGAUAUAUCAAUGUUUACAAAAUACAGACAUCCAUUUUGUGAUUAGAGUUGGUGGUAAGACAGUGCAUAGUCAAAAUAAAACCAUAUCUAUCAUAUCUUGGUUUAUUCACCUUGAAUGGGUUCAGCUAAUGUGAGCUAACAGUUUGUGUUUGGGUUACAGGAACUCCUGUAUCAACAGCUUCAUAAUCAUAUUGACAUCUUUGAUGUUGACUUGAACAAUAUCAGAAAUCGCAUAAACCCGUUAUGACAUGAACGCAGCACACUGAUAAUGAUAAUGGUACUAGCAAUGAGCUGGCCUUCCUGUCUACUGUGAGAAAUAUUAGCAUAGCUGCUGGUAGCUUACAGCUUGUUAUAUAACUUUCUUUCUUUCAGUCCUCUUUUCUGUCUUUACUAACUUCAUAACAGACACACUAAAGUAUUAAACACAGGCUUGAACAAGAGACACAUGUAACAAGGGAUAUGCAUUAGCUAAAGUUAGCUAGGUCAGAUUAGGACAUUAGCAAUGUGCCAGGAUGUAAAUUCAGCAUCCUGCUGUCCGUGGCUCAGGGUAAGACACCUGACAUAGAGCCAAGGAAUCUCAUUAGCGCUAUUAGCUCUAGACACCUUUGUCCAAUGUAAUCUCCGUCUUCUCAGGAUGCUGAUAAAAAUACAGCUAGGAUAGAGAGCCACUAUAUAGCCAUGCUAACGCCAAUUUGUUGCAGUUAGCUUAACUCUUUUGGCGAAGGAAAGAAUAUCCGUUCUUUCAAAUCUCUCAGAAAAUGAUAUAAUUUGUUCUCCAUAGUUUUAAAUAUUAAGGUACCAAACAUUUUACAAGUUUUAAAAAUGUUUUUUAUCUGUUGAAUUAAAAUCGCUUUGACCUUCAUCUUUCUUUAAGACUCUUUUCUACUUCCCCUCUUUCCUCUUCUUUGUCUUUUGCUUAGCUGUUUCUUUAACCUACGCUAUGCAUGAGCACUUAAGUGCCUGUCUGCCCUUUUCACCCCCCUGUCUUUCUGCCCCAUCCUAUCAGCUAGCACUAUUAGGGCUGUCCUAGCAGUAUACAUAUAUAUAUAUAUAUCAAGUCUAUUUUUGGGUCUAUUUUUGUCUCUUUUUGCUGUACAGUUCUCAAAAAAAAUCGUGUAUAUGUUGGUUUAGUGUGUUCUAUGAGAUGACUUGACUUUCACAGCCAUGGCCCUAAUCGGAGGAGUUUUGGACUGUUUCUUUUGCCGGUAAUGGAGGACAUAAUUGUGCGGGGCCUUUCGUGCCAAAACACAUCAACAACAAAGAAACAAAAAAAACUCCGGCAGCACCUCAAGAAGCAACCUUCAGCUCUCGCGCCUGGAUGUAAUGCUUUGUUUUGUUUUAACAUGUUUUCUUUUGUGAUCCUCUUGUUUUUCUUUCUCAGCGGGGGAAAAAAACUGUGACAUAUCUCGCCUCGCAGUCUACGUAUGUGACUCUCAGAGAUAAAGGUCAAUGUGAAGACAUGCGUAUGCUUUAACCUUGAAUCCGCCUACAACUUUGACCAGAGGAUUAAAAAAGAAAUGCAUGAGGAGAGACAGAAAAGGCCACCUCGGGAAAGAAAAAAAAACACAACAAAUACCUUUUGUCUCAAUAUGUGUGCAUAUAUGUAGCUCCAAAUUGUACUCAUGUGUUUGUCUGCCUGUGCUUGGGAAGUUCAUGAACUUUCUCAUUCUGGUCACCUGACUGUCGGGGGGCCUGGAGCUUAACAAUGCAGCUUUAUUGUGAGCAGAUUGGGAUCUGUGGCUGGGAUUGCCUGUAAUAGCGGUUUCUCCAAAAUAAUUGGACUUCAGACCAGAUUUAGCGCUUAAUCCAUGCUCUCAUACAGACUAGCAGGCAAACACAUGAAGAUUGGUUGUUAUGUUUCUGAUGUCUUUUGGAGAUGUUCUCGUAUUGAAAAAUAAGCAGCACAAAUGAUUAAGGGUACGUUUCGUGAAGAAGGCAAAACAGUUGCUUCCAACAAUAUCAUCCUGCCAUUUAACUCCCUAUGAGCUCUGAGCAUUUCAUGAACUGAUGAAUGAACAUUUUUACUUUGUCAAACUGCCUACAGUCUGAGAAAUCUUUCCUGUGGUGAAGUGUUCGAUCUUUAAAGCCACGCAUCAUGAAUGAAGUUCCUCCAGGAAAAAGCUCAGACGAACUAGGGAUUGAAAGUUUAAGUGGCCGUAUGAUUUAAUUCACUGCGUUGUUAGCGACUUUAGCCAUGGUCAUAAAAAGUGCUCAAGAAAAAGUGCUGCUGCUGUUCAAAAUUGUGUAAUCUCUUCUUGUUCCCCCUGAGGGAUGGUACUGAAUGGGAAUAUUGUGAGAUGCCAUUGAUGUAGACAGUUUUACUUCUGUUGCUUGAAAAAAAAAUCUGACUAAAAGGAAAAAAAAAGUCAAACAACAAAAGGA